CCAGUGUUCACCGGACAGACAGACACCAUGAGACUGCUCGCUCUGAUACUGCUGGUUGGAGCUGCUGUGGCAGUGCCCCGUGAGGAUGGUAAGAUCAUCGGUGGCCAGGAGUGUGAACCUCACUCCCGACCCUGGAUGGCCUCCCUCAACUACGGGUACCACUUCUGCGGAGCCGUGCUCAUCAAUGAGCAGUGGGUGCUCUCUGUCGCUCACUGCUGGUACAACCCCUACGCUAUGCAGAUCAUGCUUGGAGAGCACAACCUGCGUGUGUUUGAGGGAACUGAGCAGCUCAUGAAGACUCAAAACAUCAUCUGGCAUCCCAGCUAUGACUACCAGACGCUGGACUAUGACAUGAUGCUGAUCAAGCUGUUCCACCCUGUGGAGAUCACUGAUUUUGUGAAGCCCAUCCCGCUGCCCACCAGCUGCCCAUACGCAGGCCUCCCCUGCUCCGUCUCUGGCUGGGGCAACAUCGCCACCGGAGAGGAGGUUAACAUGCCCGCCCGUCUGCAGUGUCUGGAUGUGCCCAUACUGGAGGAUGAGAAGUGUGAGAUGGCCUACCCUGGCAUGCUCACCCGCAGGAUGGUGUGUGCUGGAUACAUGGACGGAGGCAGAGACGUAUGCAACGGGGACUCUGGCAGUGGUCUAGUGUGUUUGGGUGAGGUUCAUGGCCUGGUGUCCUGGGGUCAGGGCUGUGCCGUGCCCGGAUACCCCGGAGUCUACGUCAAAGUGUGUGAGUUCCUCCCCUGGAUCGAUGAGACCAUGAAGGCCAACAUGUAACACCACUAGCUGCUUUCCUCCCUGUCUCUCAGACCUCCACUCGUCCAAACUCUUCCUCCCUGUCUCUCAGACCUCCACUCGUCCAAACUCUUCCUCCCUGUCUCUCAGACCUCCACUCGUCCAAACUCUUCCUCCCUGUCUCUCAGACCUCCACUCAUCCAAACUCUUCCUCCCUGUCUCUCAGACCUCCACUCCUCCAAACUCUUCCCCUCUCUCUCUCGUUCUUCUCCUAGUUUAAUACUAAAGUGUAAUCAGCACAGUGUGUAAGCAUGUCAAACACAAUAAAGCCUGAAGUUACACUA